AUGUCAUGCUUUUCAGAAAUGCUAUGAUCUGUACAGAGAGUGUGGUUAGUUUGAUUGUUAAAUAAAUAAAAUGUCUGGAAUUCAAGAAUUCAGUUUUGAAAAAAAUGGGAAUCUGGUUUUUAGAAAUAUGUCCUAGUUUUACUGAAAAUUUAACCUCUCAUGGGUAGAUAGGAUAUUUUGCUGCUGUUUACUCAUUUUUUCCCCUCUGAUUUCUAGGAAGGUGAUAGAACAGGAAAGAACUUUCUAAAUGGCUGUUUCUUGUCUUUCUGCAGCUCUCCUGUAUGACUUUAAGUCUAGUGCACCAUUGAGCUAAGGACCUCACCAAUUGGAAGCAACACUUCUUAAUAUCAGCUCUAGUUUUUUUUUUUUUUCUUUGUUUUUUGGCAGUUCUUUUCCUCAAACGUCCUUCUUUUGAGGUGCCUGUGUUGCAGUGUUUCAGGAAUGGCAAAUAGCAAUAUCAGUAAAAAGUCCUCACAAUGUCCCAACUGCUCAGAUUCUCCGAGUGGUAAACUUUGUAUCUGUUCCUGCAAAGCAAGACAUCCUGCAGUCUCAGUGGUGGAAAUGUCACAGACAUCAAGCAUUGGUAGUGCAGAAUGUUUAGUUCAUCCAGAAAGAAUAAAAGAAAGACCAAGCAGUGAAGAUAAUUCUUCUGAGGCAGACAUGACCUCAAGAGCCACAAAUAUAGAGAGGAAAGCUUCUCAACAGCAAUGGACUCGGACCAACUUCACAGAAGGAAAAGUUCCUCACAUAAGAAUGGACAAUGGAGCUGCUAUUCGGGAGAUCUAUACCUUUGGAAGAAUAUUGGGAAAAGGGAGCUUUGGAAUGGUCAUUGAAGCCACCGACAAGGAGACAGAAACUAAGUGGGCAAUUAAAAAGGUGAACAAAGAUAAGGCUGGCAGCACUGCCGUGAGGUUACUUGAGCGGGAAGUGAGUAUUCUAAAAAGUGUGAAGCAUGAGCACAUCAUACAUCUGGAGCAAGUGUUUGAAACGCCUAAGAAAAUGUACCUUGUAAUGGAGCUUUGUGAGGAUGGAGAACUCAAGGAAAUUCUGGAUAAGAAAGGGCAUUUCUCUGAGAAUGAGACAAGGUGGAUCAUUCAGAGCCUUGCAUCAGCUAUAGCCUAUCUUCACAGCCACGAUAUAGUACAUAGAGAUCUAAAACUGGAAAACAUAAUGGUUAAAAGCAGCUUUGUUGAUGCUAACAAUGAAAUGAACUUAAACAUAAAGGUGACUGACUUUGGCUUAGCAGUGAGGAAGCAAGGCAGGAGGAGUGAAUCCAUGCUGCAGACCACCUGCGGAACCCCUAUAUACAUGGCCCCUGAAGUUAUCAAUGCCCACGAAUAUAGCCAGCAGUGUGACAUUUGGAGCAUAGGUGUCAUAAUGUACAUUUUAUUAUGUGGAGAACCACCCUUUUUGGCAAACUCAGAAGAGAAGCUUUUUGAAUUAAUAAGAAAGGGAAAUCUAAAUUUUGAAGAUCCAGUUUGGGAUUCUGUAAGUGGCUGUGCUAAAACUGCUUUGAAUCAGCUCAUGAAAGUAGACCCUGCCCACAGAAUCACAGCUAAAGAACUGCUUGAUAGCCAGUGGAUAACAGGCAAUAAACUUUCUUCAGCAAGACCAACCAAUGUGUUAGAAAUGAUGAAAGAAUGGAGAAACAACCCAGAGAGUGAUGAAGAAAGCACAAUGGAUCGAAGCGUGGUGCCUGUUCAGAAGAAACUGGAAGAUUACCAAUUCAACAAAAAUGCCCAUUAUGCCAUGAGUAGCACUUCAGAUGAGGAGGAGGAAAAGCAGCGCACUUCUUCUGAAAGAUCUUCUGUGAGGUGUAAGAAGGAACGUACAGACAACCUGGACACGGGGUGUUCCAGUUCCCCACUGAGCAGUUCUAGACUCAAGGAAGAGAAAGAGAAAGCCACUGCAGCUUCAAGCCAAGGAAUGACAGCCAAAAUCAGUGCGAAAUCCAUUGUCGUGCCUAGAACCAAAAAGAAACUGUAAGCUUCCCUUCAGUAUAGAAGGGAAAAAUGGAACUGCUCUUUGAGAUGGGUGAAGUGACAGCACUGUUCUGAGCUUCUAGCCUUUAGCUCUGCUGUGCCCUGAUAAGGGCUUGCAGCAGCUGGAAAGUGCAGCUAGUUGUCUCCAAAGCAGCACAGCACUGAAGGACAGCCACUGUCAGGCUUGAGGGCUGGCUGUGGCGGAAAUACACUCACAAUGUUUUCAGAGUUGUUGAGAGGGGCAGACACCCUCAAAGCAAGAGUAGGGUCAUUAUCUGCUCAGUUUGCUUCAAAUUCUUAUAUUUAGGCUCAUUUGGAGGGGAAAUUAGGGCUAAAUGUGGUCAAGACUGCAAGUAAUUAUGUGCACUUUGCACUAGAAGACUUUGUUAAGAAAUUACUAAUAAACUUGCCAUAGGAGUAACAGCAGAAGUUUUUCAGCUAUUCACAUGUGUUCUUAUGAUUGCAGACUUCUGUAGGUUGGUUAAGAAACUUAUUUUAAGCAUAGGGAAAUAGGAGGUCUUGUAACUGCUUGCCAUUAACUUGCUUCUAAAUUCCAAAUGUGUUGAUUGAAUCAAUAAAAAAGAUGUCACCUCA